GCCCUGCAGGCCAUGUUUGAGCUGGCCAAGACCCCUGACAAGACCAUCCUGUACUCGGUGGCCACCACCCUGGUGAACUGCACCAACAGCUACGAUGUCAAGGAGGUCAUCCCUGAGCUGGUGCAGCUCGCCAAGUUCUCCAAGCAGCACGUGCCUGAGGAGCAUCCCAAGGACAAGAAGGACUUUGUAGACAUGCGGGUUAAGCGGCUUUUGAAGGCUGGUGUCAUCUCGGCGCUGGCCUGCAUGGUGAAAGCAGACAAUGCCAUCCUCACCGACCAGACCAAAGAGCUGCUGGCCAGGGUAUUCCUGGCACUGUGUGACAACCCAAAGGACCGAGGCACCAUCGUGGCUCAAGGUGGUGGCAAGGCUCUGAUUCCUCUGGCUUUGGAGGGCACAGAUGUGGGCAAAGUGAAGGCAGCCCACGCCCUAGCAAAGAUCGCCGCGGUCUCCAAUCCGGACAUCGCCUUCCCUGGGGAGCGGGUGUAUGAGGUGGUGCGACCCCUUGUGAGACUCCUGGACACAGAGAGGGACGGGCUCCAGAACUACGAGGCUCUCCUGGGCCUCACCAACCUGUCUGGGCGGAGUGACAAACUCCGGCAGAAGAUCUUUAAGGAGAAGGCCUUGCCAGACAUUGAGAACUACAUGUUUGAGAAUCAUGACCAGCUGCGGCAGGCGGCCACCGAGUGCAUGUGUAACAUGGUGGUGAACAAGGAGGUACAGGAGAGGUUCCUGGCUGAUGGGAAUGACCGGCUGAAGCUGGUGGUGCUGCUUUGUGGGGAGGAUGAUGACAAGGUGCAGAAUGCAGCCGCAGGGGCCCUGGCCAUGCUGACAGCAGCACAUAAGAAACUGUGCCUCAAGAUGACUCAAGUGGUGAGAGCGGGCCCUGGGGGCAGGAAGAGGCUGGGUGGGCUCUAGAGAAUCUCCCCACCCUGAGACCUCACUGCCCUGUACGAUCCCCUGGAGGGAGGCCAGCCCCCAUGGUAACUCUUCCCAGCCCCUUGGGGAUCUGUUCCUACCACCUAAAGAGAGAAGACUUGAUACACUUCCGCCCCUUACGCUCGUUAUUUGGACUCCCUAAGUGUGCCACCUCAAAUUGCCCACUGCCUUUGGUGGCGCUUAUGACUCAUUACUUAAGAAUAAUAACAACCACUUAACUACUGCUGUGGAGCCCCCAAGCUCCCCCAGAGAAGCGUGGAUGUGUUUGGGGUACCACAGGGAGCUCGCAGUUUGGUAAAGUGGCGGCAGAUUCUCUUUAGUGAAUGUGAAGACCAGAUCCUUUGGAGGGACUGUGGCCAUCUCGAGAGGAGUAAUAGGAGUGAUGUUGACACAGUCACAAACAUGGGGGUGCAAAAUGAAACUUUCCUUGUUUCACCAAACUGAACUUAAGUUCGUGGGCAUCAUUGCCACUGACAGUGAAAAAAAUGUAAACAUCUCAAUUCAAACAUAUUAAAGCAAGUCUGCUUUAAAAGGCAGGCUCUUUUAGUCAGCUUAAGGUAAGUGUGUGUGUGUGUGUGUGUUUUCUCUAAGUUCUACAGGGGUUUAUGCUGUGUGUGUGUGU